GGAAAAUGACAAAGGGGAGCGUUCGGCGUGUUGAAGAGGGCAUUGACCAGUGUACAUCGUAUGGUAUUCUCCAAACACCUUACAAUGAAGUAGAGGAAGUACCGCCAUACGCUGGUAUUAUGUUCGAAGUAUACUCAAAAGCAGAUCCCCUGGAAAUCCUCACCUUCGAAUUCAACAUGCGGAUCGCAAAUGCAACCUCCAUGGAAGUUGAAAUCUAUACUUUGAAAGGACCAUUCGAAUUUGACUUUGCAAAUCAAACUGCAUGGACUCUCUUGGCGAAAAGCACAGUCGUCCCAGCACCAGAAGGUACUGGCGGAGUAAUUGUACCGAUGCUGGAAUUCAACCCGGUUACUAUGCAGCCUCGAGAAAGAAGAUCUUUCUACAUCACAAUGAAAGGUCCGUACAUUGAUCACACGGUAGAUGCGCUUCAGAAGACAGGCGAACUCUCAAUGCGGGGAGACCAGCUCGACAUUUUUGUCGGGGCUGGGUCAAAUAGCUACUUGUUUCCGAAUGAACUAGAUACUACCGUUGAUCCACAGUUUGCUGGGGUGAUUCAUUACCGCAGAUCUCUGGCCUGCAACCAAAAUAUUCGGUCAACCGAUGCCAGCUUUCAUUUUCUCUCAGAAGAAAUUGCAAGCCCAGCGCUCAUGGCAGCUGUUGACAAUGCUAUCUCGGAAGCAAUCGGGACGUUGCUGGAAAAGGACUCCCUGUUGAGGGAAUUCAAGGAAAGGUCUGCAUUACAAGUAAGCGGCCUGCCAAAGUCGCUACUUCUGGAAUACGAAGGUAUGGUUGUUUCACAAACUGUCACAUUCCUUCACCUCGACAAUCUCGAUGGAGGUGCUUUGCUGUACCACCUCUAUCGCUAUGGAAGGGCGAUAGAACAGUUUAUAGUUGAUGUCAUUGAGGGAGACAUCAAGGCUCAGUAUGUUGGUCUAGAAAGUGUGGAGGCUCCCUUUUCGAUCACAAUUUCGGGAGUACCCCCAGGAAUCGUGAUGGGUCCAGCAGAGAUCAGCUACUUUUCGGCUUCGACUAAAACAUUCUUGGGAGGCUCCGCUGCUGAUCCGUCUAUUCAGGUGUAUGAAGUCGUUGUAAACGAGCAAAAAAUAGAAGAAAACCGUCGGCGACUUCGAAAUGGUGAGGCUCUCCAAAUCCAAGGCAUGAUUAAGGGCUCUCAAGCAGCCUUUCUUACAGGAAACGAUUUCUCAAACGCCAUGCAAGCCGCGUUUCGAGAGGAACGAGAAAGGUUUAUCACGGCGCUAACACUUGGCGCACUAAGACCAAGUGAGAUCAUCGAAAGCGAAGGUUUCUUUUAUUUUGCUGCAGUCUCAGGCGCUGCCGGUCGAGUCGAUGUUGGCACUCCUAGCGUUGCUAGUAGUCUAGGCGACGAAGGCUCGACUACCAAUACGUUGAAAAUUGCAAUCGGAGUUGGUGUAGCCAGUUUGUUCUUGCUCUUAACGUCGCUGUAUUUGCUAAUUCGGCAACAACGGAAGAAGGCGAACUAUAGAAAGGAGGUUGACGCGUAUCGCGAGGAACGAAGGACGAUCGAAAAAAUUAUCAGAUUGAAAGAGAAGGAGAAACGCAGAAUUAUUGGAUUAGCAGACAAUGACAAACUAAAGCGGCACACGGAUACUUCGGACGAUAAUUCUACCGACGAAGAUGUCUACAUUCACCCUUUACAACAGGAGAAUUCAGAUUCCGUAAAGCCCAUCUUGCCGCAAGCUUCAACAAAAAGAAGCAACGAUUUGCAAACGCACAUGAACAGAAGAAACCCCUCGAAAAAAGAGGAGAGGAUACCAGAGAAGAAUGAUCAUGCCUCAGUAUGUCGCUCAGCAGCAGCUCCAUCUCUGGAGCAAGCCCUUAAAGCCCUUCCGGCUCGACAAGCUCGUCUGGAUUCGAGGUCGUUAGGGCCACCAUCGCCGGCUAGCCCCACGCUCAUUGACACUUGUUCAUUGUCAGGAAUAAAAAGAAACAGCGCUCUAUCGAAAGCCAACAAGGAGACACUCAAGGAACUGUCAACUCUCGAUAAGACCAAUAAAGCGCUACCUGAACAAAAAAGUCCAACGGAUUCCCGCUCGUUGAAGUCUCAUUCACCGCUCUAUCGCCAAGCUCCGGAUGCGCACCCUCUGACAAAACCCGCGCCCAAUACGUUGGGCAAGAAGUCAAAAGCGGCCAAACGAACAAUGCAUCCUGAACCUCAUGCCAGCGGAAGCCCAUGUAUAUCGACUGAAGGCGCAAUUUCGCCGUUGGAUCAAGCUCUUCGAUCUUUGCCUCAACGAAAGCGGCGACCUGAUUCCCGUUCUUUAGGUCAAGAAGAACAGAUACACCCCAGACCCAUGGGCAGUCGUUCUUCGGCCGAGCCAAGACACGGUUGUGCACCAGAAAGAGCUUCUUCUUUUCAUGGGAACGUUUGUGGCACGCGUGGUCCAUCUUUCCUUCCGGGCACAGCAACAAAAAACCGGUCCGAGACUCGACUUCUAAACAUAGAGUCCCGUACCGCUGGUAAAUCGCUUGACGGGAGAAACCUAGACGCACAAAAUUCUCCGGCGACGCCGCAGGAAAGAUUUUUGCAAGUUACCCUCCAUAGAUCUCAGGUCCAGGAAGACAGCGCCGCAAUUAAUUUGACUCCACCGAUGUCGCCGUAUUGUCGUGGACAGAGGCGCCCAACAUCUGAUACGAACCCCGACACAGACAGUACCCACGCCCAACGAAGUCGAUCCAGAUCGAUCGAGGAUGCCAAGUAUACCUUUGGUAAUCGAGGGUCGCGGACGCCAUCAAAAGCUAUGCCAAAACCCAGUGAUCAGGGAGUCGGUCAAACUCUGAAAAAGGAUUCUGGCCAGAAUCUGCCCAAAGAAAGGCAUGUUCCUCCUCGAGCGAGGUCGUUCGAAGGCCCAACGACAAAGAGUCGUCAGGACGCUCCAGCGAAUCGGCGUGUUCCGCCUCGGUCAAGAUCCCACGAUGUCUAAUUAUUGGUUCUUUCCUUUGCAAGGUUCACCAAUACGCCUUUAAAAUGCCUGUAGCUUUUCGAAAAGCACUUUCUGGCACGGGAAUUUGAUCGUGCGAUGUCUUUUUUAAAACAGGCUGAGAUAGCCUCUAGAGGUAUUAAUGUCAUUGUCAGUUUUCGUAACUACGAUAAGACCGACACUGGUGAUCGCUCAUAGCGUCUGUCCAGUGGUAUCUGGUAUGCUUCGAACAACUGCGAGGAGUGUUCCGAUUCGUUGUUUCUUUUAUCGAAACAGUGCCACCAUCAACAUCGAUGACUGCAUUCCGAGUAUAUGCAUGGCUAUCUGCAUUCACCAAAUAAAUCGAAAGGUGAUCCUGUGCUUUGUAGAGAUAGAGAUGGAAUCUUCCGCCUAACUGCAAACUUGUCUUGCUGUUAGCUCGCCGUAUAUAUGUUGAAAUAUUGUACGAGUCAAAUGCAGCUUCCCGAUCUUCGAGCUUCCAUGAGGUUGACACGACUCGACGUCACGGAAGGUAUAUUGAG